UAUGGCAACAAUGCUCUUAUAUGGCCGGAGGAAGAACAGAUGGCUGGCAAAAAGAGGCUACAUGCCUUUCUAGAUCAUCCUCCAGGGCCUUCUUUCAACCUAAAGUUCCCAACUUUUUCUGCUCAACCAAGAGCAGAUGGAUCAACUUCAUGUGGGGAUGGAAGCACCUUUAACCCAAAGUUGAGCAGAGAAGCUCCUCCUUCAUAUUCAGCUUCCCCUUCAUAUUCAGCUUCCAUUCAAGAGCCCAACUCAGAGAAUGGCAUCAAAGAAAACAGUGCUUGGAAUGAAAAUCUUCUCACAUUAUCCCUUCCAGCAAUUACUGCUGCCACAUCUUUAACCUCAAAGUUCAAUCUUACUUUCUCUAGUCAAGCCUUCCACAACUACAAAAUACCGGAUUUCGAGACGAACCCUUAUGAAGUGAGAUUAAGCAACAAAUACCCUGUUCACUAAUUUUUGUGUUUUGCCUUUCUUAUAGGAAUUAGUCUCACUCUUGCUCUUUCAUUUGCUCUCUUUCC